UAACUAUUUCCUGUUUUUGAAAAGGUGAAGAUUUCGUCAAUCAGCUGAAUUUGUUCCAACUCCUUAGUUAUUUUGCAGUUUUAGUGACAGCUGUCAAUUAAGAAAAUGGGAAAGACAACAGAUGGAGAAACAUCAAUAAAGAAAGAAACCAUGGAAACCGAGGACACAGAAACCGGUACCCGGAAAAGUCAAAGGUUGAGACUUAAACCAGUACAGAGACACACAAAAACAAUCAAGGAGAAGAAAAACUUAAAGAACUGUAAUAAGAAUUUAAAAUCUUUACAAGUAUAUCUGAAAAACAAGAAGAAAGAAAAGAAAAAUUCUAACAGAGAGAAGAAAGCCGAUAGUGAUGCUCCUACCAUAUCAAAUAUAGGUUAUGUGAAGAUCAAAUCUGACACGACAUGUAAACUUUGCAAUCUUAAUCUUAAAACUGAACACAAAUUUCAUUAUCACAUGAAAACUCAACAUAAACAUGAUAAAGAGACGUCUCUGAAGCGUGUACAAGGGUCUAUAAAAUGCAAGAAAACAAAAAAGAAAUCAGUACAGAAAGCUAAAAGUUAUACUACAAGUGCAAUUAUAAAGGACGUUGAGAUAAAAUCAGAGGAAGAAAUCGAAACACAAACUGAUAAUUCAGACGAUGGGUCUCUUGAUUCAACAAAGUCUGUAAAAUGUAAACUCUGUCAGAAAGGUUACAAAAAACUAAAUGGUUUGAGUCAGCAUCUAAGAUUGACUCAUAAAACAUAUUGCAUUCACUGUGAAGAAAAUAUGUCCUCAGUUGAUGAGUUAAAAGAACAUCUCAACAAGACUCAUAAUAUUUUUGCAUCUGAGGAUGGUUCAUUUAAAUAUGGCUGUAAAAUUUGCGGAAAAACAUUUGCAAAUGGCCACAAGUUGAAAGCUCAUGAAUACGUUCACAACAUUCAUCCACCUUUGAAAUGCAGUAUCUGUCAUCAGAUUCUGAAAUCGGAAAAAACUUUAAGUUAUCACAUGAAAACAAAACAUAAUGAUGCAUAUCAGAAAAAUGUUUCAUGCGAAUAUUGUGGAAAGUUAUUCUGGUGUAAGUCUGAAUUGGAUAAACAUUCACGUGUCCAUACAAACGAACGACCAUAUUUAUGUCAUAUUUGUAGCAGUUCUUUCAAGACGGCAGGGAAUUUAAGAAAUCAUCAAAGGGCUAUUCAUGAAAAUCAUUUUUGGUUUUGUGACGUAUGUGGACAAAAAUUUAAAUCCAAACCUCGUUUUCAGGAACAUUUGUAUAAGGAAAAGCAUGGGAAAGAAGGGAAACCCAUCCAAUAUAAAGAAUUCCCUUGUAAUGAAUGUGGAAAAAUAUUCCCACGUAAAAUUGACUUUCAAAUUCAUUUCCGCAUUCAUUCUGGAGCUAAACCUUACAAAUGUGUUGAAUGUGGUCGAUCUUUCCGUUGUCAUAACCAUCUGACACAACACAAAGUUACCCAUACUGGUGAAAAACCUUUUAUAUGUAAAUUCUGUGGGAAAGGUUUUAGUCAGUAUGCUAAUGUUAAUUGUCACAUGAAAAAGCAGUGCAAGUUCAAAGGUCAAGAAAAUAAAAAUAUUUCAACCUUUAAGGAAGAUUCCACUCAAAUUUUUGAUCAUAGUUUAAUGUUGAAUGAGAGUUCAAUUCGUUUAGUAGCACCACCAGGCGUGAACAAAAUUAAACAGGAGAAAAAACCAAAAGCAAAAGAACCGAACAAACCUGAAAACACGAGUUGGAAAGUUAAGCAUGUAUCAGCCGACAUCGAAGGACCAGAAGAAAUACACAUCAAUCAUAAAGGAACACAAUCAGACUUUUCUCUUAAGACGGAAAAUGAAGAAGAAGUUAAAUCCGAUAAAAUUGUAGAUUUUCUAGUUGAUAACAUUGUUGAAGAUAUGCUGAAUGAUGUACGUAAUAUUACUGUAAAGAAACAAGAUGGAAGCCAUGAUGGUAGCGAAGAAAUUGUCAAAGUUGUAAGCGCUGUUAAAAAUGUCGGAAUUCAAGAUGGCAAUGGAGAAAUCAUCAAUGUUGUUGAUACUUGUAAAGAAAUCUUGGGUAGAGAUCAUAAAAACAAACAUGCCAGUCAGGAACGUAGCUGUAGAAUUAUAAACAUACUCAAAGAUGACAGCCAGAAUGAUAAAUGUGGAGUUGUCAACAUUAACAAAGAUGGUGGCAUAAAUGAUGAAUGUGAAAUUAUUAAAAAUGUUGAUAAAGAGAUACAACAGUUGCCAUCAGAUAUAGAGGGGGGAAUUUUACAACCAGAAGUGUUUACAGCAGAACCCCAUGUUUCUGAGGUCUCUAAUUUUGAAGACAAAUCAAAUCUAGCACUUACCGACAACCACCAAAUUAUGAUUCUGAGAAAUGAUGAUAUGCAAGAAAGCAAGGUAGUCUUGGCUGAAAUCACAGAAAACGGAAUGAUGCGUUACAUACCUGUACCUAUAACAGACCAAGACGGAACAACAAUGUUUGUUUUAGAUCCGGCAAAUACUGAGCAUUCAAAGACGUAUCAUAAUCAGUAUGACCUAUUGAAAGGUCACGCAGAAAGGGAGACAAUUCAUAUCUAUACACAACAAGGGCUAGCAACUGCAUGUUUACCACAGGGUGUUGAAACUGUGACUAGACCUCAGGGUCAAGAAUCUGUAGGUGAACAGCAAGUUCUUGAAUCGGCAGGUGAACAGCAAGUUCUUGAAUCUGUAGGUGGACAGCAAGUUCUUGAAUCUGUAGGUGGACAGCAAGUUCUUGAAUCUGUAGGUGAACAGCAAGUUCUUGAAUCUGUAGGUGGACAACAUUGCUUUGAAAAUACAACGAAUGCAGAAAAAAUAGAUCAAGACGGGUUUGAGCCAAUGGAAGUAACAUAUUCUUCAAUGUACAGUCUGUCAGAAAUGAAAUCUGCAGAAAAUGAUAUUUAAUGCCACACAUUGUUGUAAAUAAUUUAAUGAUUAGGCUAUACAAAAUAAUACAAGCGUGUCUGCUUACUCUCCCUAACCUUAUUUUUAGAGCCUACCCUAACACUAAAAUUUUUAAGCCAAUUUUGAACAAGCACUGUUAAUUUAGAUCUAAUUUUACGAAGAAAUCAACAUGGUGUAAACACAGAUCAAACUGACCCUUAAAUGAAAACAACUUUACCCUUUGCUCAAUAUUGAAGGGGUAACAGGAGACUUAAGCAAAAAUAUAUUUAUAUACUUGUUGCUUGUACAAUCGUUAAUUGCUUAGACUUUAGUUUUAUAUGAUGUGUCUUGUGUACUAUUAUUUAUCUGUUUGUCUUCGUUUUUAGCCAUGGCUGCGUCAGUUUAUUUUCGAUCUAUGAGUUCGACUGUUCCUCUUAUAUCUUUUGCCCCUCUUUUAGCUGUACACAUCUUUUUGCCCUGGGUUUAUCUGUCAAUAAUAAGUUAUGGUACUUUUGUCAUUUCAACAAGUACAUUAAGCAGUAUAGGUUAACUACAUCUGUCAAUAAUAAGUUAUGGUACUUUUGUCAGUUCAUCAGAUACAUUAAGCAGUAUAGGUUAACUACAUCUGUCAAUAAUAUGUUAUGGUACUUUUGUCAUUUCAUCAUAUACAUUAAGCAGUAUAGGUUAACUACAUCUGUCAUUAAUAAGUUAUGGUACUUUUUUUAGUUCAUCAAAUACAUUAAGCAGUAUAGGUUAACUACAUCUGUCAUUAAUAAGUUAUGGUACUUUUUUUAGUUCAUCAAAUACAUUAAGCAGUAUAGGUUAACUAUAUCUGUCAUUAAUAAGUUAUGGUACUUUUUUUAGUUCAUCAAAUACAUUAAGCAGAAUAGGUUAACUACAUCUGUCAAUAAUAAGUUAUGGUACUUUUGUCUGUUCAUCAAAUACAUUAAGCAGUAUAGGUUAACUACAUCUGUCAAUAAUAAGUUAGGGUACUUUGUUUUAGUUCAUCAAAUACAUUAAGCAGAAUAGGUUAACUACAUCUGUCAAUAAUAAGUUAGGGUACUUUUGUCUGUUCAUCAAAUACAUUAAGCAGUAUAGGUUAACUACAUCUGUCAUUAAUAAGUUAUGGUACUUUUUUUAGUUCAUCAAAUACAUUAAGCAGAAUAGGUUAACUACAUCUGUCAUUAAUAAGUUAUGGUACUUUUGUCUGUUCAUCAAAUACAUUAAGCAGUAUAGGUUAACUACAUCUGUCAUUAAUAAGUUGUGGUACUUUUUUUAGUUCAUCAAAUACAUUAAGCAGUAUAGGUUAACUAAAUUGGUCAUUAAUAAGUUAUGGUACUUUUUUUAGUUCAUCAAAUACAUUAAGCAGAAUAGGUUAACUACAUCUGUCAUUAAUAAGUUAUGGUACUUUUGUCUGUUCAUCAAAUACAUUAAGCAGUAUAGGUUAACUACAUCUGUCAUUAAUAAGUUAUGGUACUUUUUUUAGUUCAUCAAGUACAUUAAGCAGUAUAGGUUAACUACAUCGGUCAAUAAUAAGUUAUGGUACUUUGGUCAGUUAAUCAAGUACAUUAAGCAGUAUAGGUUAACUACAUCGGUCAAUAAAAAGUUAUGGUACUUUUGUCAGUUCAUCAAAUACAUUAAGCAGUAUAGGUGAACUACAUAUGUCAGUACUAAGUUAUGGUACUUUUGUCUGUUCAUUAAAUACAUUAAGCAGUAUAGGUUAACUACACAUGUUGUUUGCAAUGACUUUCAAGUGUUCAUGUCUGACUGGGUUCAUAUGACCUUGACCAGUGUCAUGGUUCAUUGAUCAAUAUUAAGAUUUUGUUGUAUGAUCUGUUUCUUACAUGUACUAGGUAAUAUUAGAAAUGGAAACACUGUAUUUGGUGUAUGGAAUGAUUACAAGGUCAUGAAGGUGGACAUGUCUGUCUCACCAUGACCUCAUUUUCACAUAAGAACGUUAACAUUCCAUAUUGUUAAGUGUAAGUGAUUAUGGACGAAAAACCUUUGUAUUAAUCAUGUUAAUGAUAUAACAGAUUUUCAUAAAAAAAAAUCAUUUAUAGAAAAAAGGCAGAACAUUUCAGCAUGUGUAGUGUGCACUCUUGCUGAUUUUUUAAAGUUUUCUUUUUUUUAAAGAUAUUUUUCAUGCCUUUAUUACUUGGUUCGUAAACUAAAAGUGCUUUUGAAAGGAUUUACAAAAAAAAAUAUGUUCAAAUUUCAAAAAUACUGUAAAUUACAGAAUCCAACAUCUGUGAUUUAUUCAAUAAUCAUUUGUUUUCUAUAUCUAUAUUAGAGAAUGAAGUUAGAUAUGACACAGUUAUAAUAAUUGAUGAAAUUCAUAAU